AUGAGCAUCACCACCAACUCUGAAACAUUCGGCAGCCUGCCCUUUGACCACUUCAAGGGCAGCGAGGAACCCUGCCCAAUCUGCUAUGAGCGUACCAGUGGAGCUAUCAUCUCCACAACCUGUGGACAUGUCUUCCAUUUAGGCUGUCUGAACACCUGGUUCGACCAGCAAGACGAGUGCUGCAGGGACUGCACUUGUCCCUACUGCAGGACCACUGUUUUUGAGGCCUCCUUGUUUCUUGAAGAUAUUACAGACUAUCACGUAAGAGAGAGGUCGAAUCUUGAGUUAUGGUGGAAUGUCGAACCACCCCAAGUCACCGAUACGGUUGUGUCUGAGCCAUCUCGCUCAGAGGCGGGACGAGAACAUGAGGGCAUGUCAACAUAG